GUCAGCAACGACUUGCACCUUGCUUGUCCUCCUCCCACCAUCUCCGUCGCUGUCUUCGACGUCCUCGACUCACCUGCUCCUGCUCUUGCGAAUUAGUACCGAUGCCUAAAACUCCUAUGGCACUCUUCGCAGCCGGGAUGCGUCGAGCACCCCCACGCUCUAUUAGGAGGUUCUCGCUCGCUCUCCAGUCCUCAGCACGCAGGAGCAGCAGGGUUACGAGGUCUGCUGUCACGUUCCAGCUGGCAGGCUUUCGCACUUCCGCCCUUGCGCAGGAAAUCGUCAAAGUCCCCCAAAUGGCAGAGUCUCUUACCGAAGGUACCCUAAAGUCGUGGACCAAAAAGGUGGGCGACCGAGUGGAACAAGAUGAAGAAGUAGCUGUGAUCGAGACUGAUAAGAUCGACGUGACGGUUAACGCCCCCAAGGCGGGGAGGAUCAAGCACCUCUUGGCAGCGGAGGAGGAUACGGUUGAAGUAGGACAGGAUCUGUUUGAGCUUGAGCCUGUGGAGGGGGGGGCGGAGGCUCCAGCUCCGGCGGAGGUGCCCGAGAAGGCUGCUGCACCUGGACCGGAGGAACCGAAACCUGCGGCUAAGGAGGUCGAGAAGGCUGAAGCUGCACCUGCACAUGUGCCUGUGCCUGAAGCGGUCGCUCCUAAAGAGGAGAAGCCUAAGGAGGAAAGGCCUGCUAAGCCUGCUGCCUACAGGGGAGAGACUCGGAUCAAGAUGUCCCGUAUGCGCCUGCGUAUCUCCGAGCGCUUGAAGCAGUCUCAAAAUGCCGCUGCCUCGUUGACAACGUUCAACGAGAUCGACAUGUCUUCCCUGAUGGACAUGCGCGGGAAGUACAAAGACCUGGUAUUGAAAGAACACGGGGUGAAGCUAGGGUUCAUGUCCGCUUUCGCAAAAGCGUGCUGUCUCGCUCUCAAAGACUUUCCGGUAGCGAACGCCAGCAUUGAGCGGGACGAGAUCGUAUACCAUGAUUAUGUGGAUCUGAGCAUCGCCGUCGCUACGCCUAAGGGGCUCGUGACGCCCGUGGUGAGGGGGGCGGAUGAGCUGGGGAUGAUACAGAUCGAGAAGGAGAUUGGGGAAUUGGGGAAGAGGGCGAGGGAUGGGAAGCUUGGGUUGGAGGAUAUGGCCGGUGGGACGUUUACGAUAUCGAAUGGAGGCGUGUUUGGAUCGAUGUAUGGAACGCCGAUUAUCAAUCUUCCGCAGUCUGCUGUCCUAGGCAUGCACGCAAUCAAAGACCGUCCCGUAGCCAUUCAGGGCAAAGUGGAGAUCAGACCAAUCAUGAUCGUCGCCCUUACUUAUGAUCAUAGGCGUAGGUAG